CAGGUGCAGAAGUUUGAAAUUUGAUGCGACAUUCAGGUUUUUUUAAGUGUAUAUUGUUCAUUUUUUUAACAUUGUAUCAACAGUUUUCAGGGAUUUCUCAUUUUAACACACAGUAAAUUCGACAUUCGGGUGUCAAAAACAGGAAUGGGAUUUCUGACCAGCUGUGUAUUUUUGGCGUCAACGUACAGACGAUGGCGUACAGUCGGAGGCGGAGCCAAACCCAGCAGUUUUAUGCUAUAAAAAGCCUGACAUUGUUUGGGCUGUAACCGGACCCCUGCAGGCUGCUGCAGGAAUCACUCAGGACUAUUCUUAGACCUUUUGUUGCCCCGUCUGCAGACCGGAUCAAGCUGACGACAUGUGGAAGGUCAAACCUCCUGUUGCGUUUCCCAUGGAGACGAGGUACCGGCCCAUCUUGGAGAACUUGGUUCCUCCCGACCCCAUGUCCCGAUUCCACCUGAGGAGGGGCUCCCCAGAGGAAGAGUUUCCCUACCUGUGCAGGAACUUCACCUGCAUGGGACAGAUCCUCACGCCCGCCAUGUACCGCCGACAGUUCAACCGCUGCACCCACAGCGGAGUCAUGUUUGAUGAUGUCAUCCGUCCCGGCAUCGAGGAACCAGGGGAGUGGUCCGGCCCCGUGACCGUUGGGUGUCUGGCCGGCGACGCCCAGUCCUACAUCCUGUUCUGUGACUUCUUUGAUCGAGUCAUUGAGGCGUAUCAUGGGCAUAAAGUCACCAGCAAGACUCCAGAGAACGACUUCAACUAUGACAACUUGAAGGGAGGUGAUGAUCUAGACAGAUCCUACGCGCUCCACUGUGAGGUCAGCGUCAUACGAGCGAUUGAAGACUUCAGCUUCCCCACACACUGCAGCCGGGGAGAGCGCAGACACCUCCUCUCGCUGGCAAGGAGAGCUCUGCAGAAACUGGAGCCUGAACUUCCAGGAGAACUCUGGUUACUGGAGGAUCUGAACCAGCAGCAGCAGGUGGAGAUGAAGGUGACCUCUCCGACCUCCUUGCAGCUCCGCUGUGGCGUGGCGCGGGACUGGCCCGACGCCAGGGCGGUCUGGCUGAGUGAAGACGGCACUUUGGUGAUCUGGGUCAACGUGGACGAUCAUCUCAGACUGGUGUCGCCUCGGGACGACGCCAACGUGGCGGAGGCUUUCAAAAGCAUUUCCAUUAACCUGCAGAAGCUGGAGGAGAGCUACAGAGCGCUGAAGCAUCCGUUCAUCUGGAAGCAGCAGCUGGGAUGGGUCACCAGCUCCCCGGCGGACGUAGGAACCGGUCUGAAGGUCAGCAUCCAUCUAAAGCUGCAGCUUCUGCCCAAACACAAACGUCUCCCCGACGUCCUGAAGAGACUGAAGAUCUCCAUGGAGAAAACAGAAUCCCCAGAGGUUUACAGAGUGACAAACUCCAGGACCUUCGGGCAGACUGAGGUGGAGCUGACCCAGCUGGUGGUGGACGGGGUCAAGCUGCUCAUCGCCAUGGAGAAGCGGCUGCAGGCCUGCGCAGACAUCCACGAGCUCCUGCCCUCACACAAGUAGAUCUGGAGGAGAAAUGAGCCACUCUGGAAGAAGGACGGACAUUUGGAAAUAGAGUUCUUCAUUCUUUUUGUUGUUAGAGAAUCAAACGGAUAAUCAACUCCACUGAUAUACAUUUUGAUUAGAAAUGUUACAAAUAAAAACCACAAUAGUGACAGUCUG